CAUCCUUUUUUCCAUAAUGGCGUCGACGAAGAGAUAUCAGGUGUCUGCUUUUGGUUGCGAAAGACACGGGUUCAACACCCGCUGCUCAACUAAUUUUCUUUUGGAGUACGGAAAAAGAAAAACGGUGGGUGGGCCAAGAAACGAUGCACUGUUGUCUAUCGAACUCGAAACUUCUGGCGAUGCGUGGCGGAAGUGGUGUACCCGCACACACGCACAGAAGAUUGUUGGAAAAAAGUGAUUCUACUCGCCGCCAGCCGGUCGGGUUCCGGUUACCCAAGAAGACUUCUCUUGCCUAGCAAACAAGAAGAAGCCUCGAA